AUGAUUAUUGUUAUUUAUCGUCGAUCAUUAUCAUUAAAUUACUAUUGCUACCACUAUAGUCGUUGUUAUUAUUAUCAUUAUUAUCGCAGGUUUUCGAUGGUUACAGUACCACAGGGAAUCAAUCGUCUUCUACAGACCUUGUCGACUAUCGAUCCUCAAAUUAAAUCAAUAGGAAAUACUAAAAAGAGCAAGUGUAGCCUCAUGAAUUCUGUGUCGUUACGAUUCAAGAACAGUCGCCUAGAAGAUGAGUUUCACAAAGAGAUGGAUCAUUGGUUUAUACCAGCACUGGCCAUCAGCAUAUUCUUCCUAGUUGUUUACGGUAUCUACCAUAUGCUGGUGAUGCCAAGGCUCCUCACUAGUCUGGCGCUGAUCAUCGUAGCACUUACGUUGAUGUUUUUCAUAUUGUUGACGCUUUAUAUCAACUACUUCCAUAGUUUCACUCAAUUCAUCACUCGAACGUCACAUGGUCAUUCACUCGCCAUUCUGCUUAUCAUCGCGAUUCUAUUCCUUUGUGGGAUAGUAAAUACGUUCUCAUGCCCUCAACCGGAGGAAGCGGAUAUAUGCCAGACGAUUCAUUUCUCGGCGUUUUCGUUCGCAAUGUGGAUUCUGACGACGGCCGUCUUCAUCCGGUUUUCUUCCAUCUACCUCUUAGCAGUGCUUACAUUCGCCAUUUUCAUUUACACCAUACAGAUCUUUCUCACACAUCCGCCUAUCGGACCGAAAGAAUUCACCAUCGAAUUCGAUCUAUGGGUAGGAUUAUCUUCAUUGGCAGCUCUAGUUUUUCUCCAUUCGAGAAGAUGUGAAAAAAUCAUGCGACUUGAUUUUUUAUCCGUGGUUAAGGGGGUCGAAGAGUCCGCUUCCAAAGAUCGAUUCGUACUAUUAAACAGCCAAGUGCUGUUGAAUCUAGUACCCCCACAUGUGGCUCCAUGGGUGGCUGCAAAAACCGGCGAGCAGUGGCAUCAUGCGCAUCACUCAGUUGGUGUGGCCUACUUGACAAUCUCUGGUUUCUCAUUGUCAGACGAACAAGGGCUCAACGGGUUGAAUUAUGUGUUCACAUCUUUCGACCAGCAACUCACUAAUUUUCGUGGAAUCGAGAAGAUUAAGAGCGCGAAUCGAUUCUACAUAGUUGCAGUCGGAUUACUUCCAGACGCUGCUCAGAACGUCAACGAAACUCCAUGGACAAUAGGUGAACUGUUGCACACUUUGGCGCAGUUUCUACUUCAGGCCACUCAGUUCGCCACAGAAAAAGAGUUCCAGGUGCAGAUUGGAAUGGAUUGUGGAAGUGCGUUGUCUUUGGUUACGGACACCGACCAACCUCGCUAUGAGCUUUGGGGAGAAACUGUUGAACGAGCACGAAUUCUUAUGCAGAGCGCCAGUCAUGGUCGUACUCUUGUCUCCGAGGAAAUCUUCUUAGCACUUAGACCGCGAAAUCUGCAUUUUAGCACAAAAUCAAUUAAGGUGAGACAUUCUCAUAUUCUUGGAAAAGAUGCAAAAAAAGAUGAAUUCCACAUUUUGCGAUUGUCACGUCUAUGGAGGACUUGCUUUACUUAUUCAAAAAUCGGGAAUUCGACUGACUACGACGAUUCACUCGCCGAUCCGGCCGAAAGGCUGGAGGCUGCAGCUCAUCGCGUUGAUCGUAUGCUCCAGGAGCUUAAUGCUUACGGAGAAUUCACCGAUAUCAAACCGUUAGAAUACCGUCCAUUCCCUACAGCUUUUGGUUCACUGAAAUCUGUACAUCGUGCCUUGUCGUCCGCUUGUCAUACUGAAUAUGAUAAUGCAGAGUCCGAAGCCGCACUAUCUGACGUUGAAAUGAAUGCGAAUGGACGAAUGUCGAGUCGAAGAAGACGCCAUCGAUCACGCAGAAGCGAAGACGUCAAUGUGGAAACGGAGUGUAGUAGUUUGUCUAGCAGUAUAGAAUUGGAUCCACUAAGGUGGAAUUCAGCACACUCAAUCGGAUACGAGAAUGAAUAUGAGAUGCAAUCCGACAAUGAAGGUCUGGCAAUCGAUGAGAUGAAAGUGUUAUCGCGAGAUAUUCGCCGACAUUUCGGCGAUUUCAAUUUGACCACAUUCGACGACAUGCAUCCGGACUGA